UCCUCCUGUUCUCCCGGGAUGGCUUUUGGGUCUGCUGGAUCGUCUGCUGCGCGUUCAGAUGAGGAACAAGUAUCGCCCCCUGAUCCUCACCAAUUUUUCAUGGACGGCGUCGUCCUCAGCGAGACUGGUCUCAAUACCAUUCGCCAGGUCAUGCUGAAGGGACAUCCUAAACGUCACCUAGCCGGAGGCCGGCGCGCCUCGCACCCGUGCGCACCAUCUGCAACUCCGGAUGCCGGCUCUGUGAACGAUUGCGCUCCCCCGUCUGUGUUUACUCCGAUGGAAGACGAAGCAUCUCAGCAGUCCGCUGCAGACGCUGAAGUCGAAACCAUCUCCACCACGUACGCUGAAACAAAGUCGCCCAGUGUCAUCUCGGAGGAAGAUGCUUCUCAUCAGCUGGCCGGUAGUGAAUCAAAUUCAACGGCAGAUCGUGCAAAUGCAGCCCCAACUUCAGCGAUCCCAUUCCAUAUCUCCUACCUGUUUGACUGUCUUUUUACACAUUAUUUCGCUCUCAAGAUGUCUGCAGCCAAGUCGCGAGAUCCGAACGCAAAGGGCAAGUCAGCUAGUGCCAACGCUCGUCGCCAACUAAACCUGGGUGUUGGCGGGUUCAGAGCACGUUCUACUCGGAUGUACCACCUUGGUAGCUACGUCGAAUCGAGUGUGGCAACUCUGAAUUUAUUGGACGAGCUGCAGUGA